AUGGCAUCGCCGGCUCUGUAUUCAAAGUAUGCUCGGGUUUGGAUCACCCACCUUACGGAGGUGUGGAUAUCAGCAGAGCUGACAAAAGACUACAACCCUGGAGACGGUGCUCUUCAGCUGCAACUGGAGGACGGCACGGAGUUGGAGUAUAAAUUGGACCCCAAAGGCAACGCUCUACCUCCCCUCCGUAACCCAGACUUCCUGGUGGGGGAGAAUGACCUCACUGCCCUGAGCUUCCUCAAUGAGCCGGCUGUGCUGCACAACCUCCGCGUGAGAUUCAUCGACUCAAAGCUUAUCUACACGUACUGUGGAAUCAUCCUGGUGGCCAUCAAUCCUUAUGAGCCCCUGCCAAUCUAUGGAACUGACAUCAUCAAUGCAUACAGUGGGCAGAACAUGGGGGACAUGGACCCUCAUAUCUUUUCCGUGGCUGAGGAAGCCUAUAAACAGAUGGCCAGAGAUGAGAGGAACCAGUCCAUCAUAGUUAGUGGGGAGUCUGGAGCAGGGAAGACUGUCUCUGCUAAAUAUGCCAUGCGCUAUUUUGCAACCGUCAGUGGCUCCUUUACCAAGGCCAGUGUGGAGGAGAGAGUGUUGGCUUCCAGCCCCAUAAUGGAGGCCAUUGGAAAUGCCAAGACAACACGGAAUGACAACAGCAGUCGCUUUGGAAAGUAUAUAGAGAUCGGAUUUGACAGGAAGCAUCACAUCAUUGGCGCCAACAUGAGGACAUACCUACUGGAGAAGUCAAGAGUGGUGUUUCAGGCGGCUGAAGAACGCAACUAUCACAUCUUUUACCAGCUCUGUGCUUCUGCUCAUCUGCCUGAGUUCAGAGCUCUGCAGUUAGGCAGCGCGAGUGACUUCCACUGCACUAACCAAGGCAGAAGCCCCAUCAUAGAAGAAGUGGAUGAUGCCCAGGAGAUGCAGGCCACCUGCAAGGCAUUCUUACUCCUGGGAAUUGGUGAAAGGCAACAGUUGGAUUUGUUCCGAGUCCUGGCAGCCAUCCUUCACCUGGGCAACGUGGCGGUGUCGGGGAGAGGCUCAGCCAAUUGCAGCAUCUCAGCUGAAAACAGCCACCUGUCUAAGUUCUGUGAGCUGAUGAUGGUGUCAUGUGAGCCCAUGGCCCACUGGUUGUGUCAUAAAAAACUGAAGACAGUCACAGAAACCUUCAGCAAACCCCUGUCCAAGGCAGAGGCAAUGGACGGGCGCGAUGCCUUGGCUAAGCUCAUCUAUGCCAGGCUCUUCACCUGGAUAGUCGGCCAGAUCAAUCGGGCUCUACAUUCGUCCAGCCAGCAGCACUCCUUCAUUGGUGUGCUGGAUAUCUAUGGGUUUGAAACAUUUGAAAUCAACAGCUUUGAGCAGUUUUGUAUCAACUAUGCCAAUGAGAAACUCCAGCAACAGUUUAAUGUGCAUGUCUUCAAACUGGAGCAAGAGGAAUAUUUGAGAGAGCAGAUCCCAUGGACUCUAAUUGAUUUCUAUGACAAUCAGACGUGCAUUAACCUGAUUGAAGCCAAGAUGGGACUGCUGGAUCUGCUUGAUGAGGAAUGCAUGAUGCCAAAGGGAUCAGAUGACUCAUGGGCUCAGAAGCUCUAUAACAGCCACCUGAAGAAGAGCAGUCACUUUGACAAACCACGCAUGUCCAACAAAGCCUUCAUCGUCCACCAUUUUGCUGACAAGGUGGAGUAUCAGUGUGAGGGGUUUCUGGAGAAGAACAAAGACACUGUCAACGAGGAGCAGAUACAAGUGCUGAAGUUGAGUCAGUUUGCUUUACUGCUGGAGCUCUUCCAGGAAGAGGCAAAUGCUUCUGGUCCUAGUAGCAUCGCAGCAUCUGGCCGCACAAAGAUGACGCGUGUGGGGCAGUCCUUCAGAGAGCACAAGAAAUCGGUUGGGCUGCAGUUUCGGAACUCUCUCCACUUGCUCAUGGAGACUCUGAAUGCUACAACCCCACACUAUGUACGCUGCAUUAAACCCAAUGACCACAAAUCCCCUUUCAUGAUGGAGAACAGUAGAGCAGCGCAGCAGCUGAGAGCGUGUGGUGUUCUGGAGACUAUCCGUAUCUCGGCAGCAGGCUUUCCAUCCAGAUGGACAUAUCAGGAGUUCUUCAUCCGCUACAGAGUGCUGAUGAAACAGAAAGAUGUGCUCUCAGACAGAAAGUUGUCAUGCCAGAAUGUUCUAGAGAAGCUCAUACAGGACAGUGAUAAGUACAAAUUUGGUAAGACCAAGAUCUUCUUCAGGGCGGGACAGGUGGCGUAUCUGGAGAAACUGCGAGCCGAGAAGCUGCGUGCUGCCUGCGUCAUGAUUCAGAAGACCAUCCGCUGCUGGCUUGCCCGCAAGAAAUACCUGUGUGUCCGCAGAGCUGCGGUCACCAUCCAGAGAUGCGCACGGGGCCAGCAGGCACGAGCCUUUUGUAAGUCGCUGAGGCGGACCAGGGCGGUGGUGGUCCUGCAAAAGUACCAGCGCAUGUGUGUAGCCAGGCGGCUGUUCCAGCGCCAGCGAGCUGCCGCAGUGCUGCUCCAGCGUCUGCUCCGUGGCCACGCAGCACGGCUACGGUACACACAGCUGCGCUGUGAGCAGAAGGCGGUGGUGGUACAGAGGUGGGUGCGGGGCUGGCUGGCUCGGCUGCACUACAAACGUUCUGUGCAGGCGGUCAUCUACCUGCAGUGCUGCGUGCGCCGCACACUGGCCCGCCGACAGCUCAAGAGACUCAGGAUUGAAGCACGCUCCAUCGAGCACUACAAGAAACUCAGCAUUGGAAUGGAGAACAAGAUCAUACAACUGCAGAGGAAAGUGGAUGAGCAGCAUAAGGAGAACAGGCAGCUGUCUGAGCACUUGAGCGUGGUUGAGAGCACUAGUGUGGCCGAGCUGGAGAAGUUGCGUCACCACCUAGAGACUCUGCAAGGAGUGGAAGAGGAUGCACGUCACCUUGGCAUCCGGGUGUCUGCCCUGGAAGAGGAGCUGGGAUUGGUACAUCAGGAACUGGAUAGGAGCAGAAAGGUGGUUGCAGAGCUGAAUGAGAAGAAUGGUAUGCUGAAGAGUGAGAAAGAUGAACUGAACAGGCUAAUCCAGGACCAGGGCCAGCAGAUUACUGAUAAGCUGGAGAAGACUCAUCAGGAAUAUGCUGAGCGUCUGGAGAUGGAGCUAAAUGAAGAGCGUACUCACUACCAGAACCUUCUGUCUGAACACCUCCGACUGGAAGAACAGCAUGCUGAUCUGAAAUCAGAGAGAGAGGCUGCAAAAGAGGAGGAGCUGAAUGGAGGCGUGGACAUGGCCCUUCUGCUGAAGCUGCAGAGGCGAGUGGCUGAGCUGGAGAAGCAGAGGCUCCACCUGCAGAACGAGUGCGACUCCAGAGAGGAGCAGCUCCAGCAGGACCGUGCCAAUGACCUGGAAGAGUGUCAGAGAGCGAUAGGAGCUGAGAGAGACUACGAAGCACAGAAGCGGCAGGAGCUGGAGGCAGAGAAUAAGAGGCUGAAGAAGGACCUGAAGGAGCUGCGGGUGGCUCUCAGUCUUGGGGAGGGCUCAGGGCUGGUGUCCCCUGGAGCUCCAGCCUAUAAUGUGCUUCUAGAACAGCUGAACUCCACCAAUGAGGAGCUGGAAAUGCGCAAGGAGGAGGUGCUCAUUCUGCGCACUCAGCUAGUAAACCUGGAGGCCUUCAAGAAUAAGGAAGCGGCGACUGAAGGUGACUCUGGUCACGCUAGCAGAUCCCCAACUCUGGAUCUGCAUGAGCUAAAUGAGGAUGGAGAGUUGUGGCUGGCAUACGAGGGCCUGAAGGAAACUAACAAGUUGUUGGAGUCUCAGCUGCAGAGUGACAGGCAGGCCCACACUGAGGAAUUGGAGGCUUUGAGAGUGGAGCUGCAUGCCCUCCAGGAGGAGAGGAAGGAGCAGCAGCUCCUCCUGCACACCCUCCAGCCUCAGGACGGAUGCAGGAACGUUGGCCUGGAGUGCGAGAUCAACCGCCUCACCCGUCACAACCUGGACCUCAUGGAGCAGAUGGACAAGCAGGACAAGACCAUUCGCAAGCUGAAGAAACAGCUGAAGAUUCACCUGAAGAAGGUUGAGGCAUCCGACAGCUCUGCCGAGUGCGGUUUGAGUGUAGAGGCUCGGGCGGGUGCAGCUUUGCCGGCGCUCAUGCGUAAGGCGCGCCACUGCGAGGGCAUGCUGGAGUACAAGAAGCAGGACGAGAGCAAGCUGCUCAGGACCCUCAUCACAGAUAUGAAGCCCAGAGCGUCUGCUGUGAGCCUGAUCCCAGACCUGCCAGCGUACCUCCUCUUCAUGUGCUUGCGUCAUGCUGACUACACCACUGAUGACCAGAGGGUUUACACGCUGCUCAACUCCUCCAUCAACUGCAUCAAGAACGUGCUGAAGAAAAGAGGUGAUGACUUUGAAACAGUUUCAUUUUGGCUGGCCAACACCUGUCGCUUCCUACAUUGCCUGAAACAGUACAGUGGAGAAGAGGCCUACACGAAGCACAACACUCCACAGCAGAAUGAGCAGUGCCUACUGAACUUUGACUUGACUGAGUACAGACAGGUUUUAAGUGACUUGGUGAUCCAGAUCUACCAGCAGCUCAUCAAGUGCAUGGAGAACAUCCUGCAGCCUAUGACUGCGGCGGGCAUGUUGGAACAGGACACCAUCCCAGGUGUCUUGGGGCUGAAGCCCACUGGGCUUAGAAAGCGUACCUCCAGUUUCCCUGAGGAGGUCUCCUAUACACUGGAGUCCAUCGUCAAACAACUCGAUUCCUUCCACUCCACCCUGGUCAAGCAUGGUAAUGACCCUGAUCUCAUCAGACAGGCUGUCAAACAGCAGUUUCACAUCAUCUGUGCCGUCACACUCAACAAUCUGCUCCUGCGCAAGGACAUGUGCUCCUGGAGCAAAGGGCUGCAGAUCAGGUAUAACGUGUGUCAGCUGGAGGAGUGGCUGAUGGAUAAGGGUGUCCAGGGGGGCGGGGUGAAGGAGACACUGGAGCCCCUCAUCCAGGCUGCUCAGCUGCUGCAGGUCAAGAAGAAGAGUGGGGAAGAUGCAGAGGCCAUCGCCACAAUGUGCACUGCCCUCACAGCUCCACAGAUUGUGAAGAUACUCAACCUUUACACACCACUCAAUGAGUUUGAGGAAAGAGUGUCUGUCUCCUUCAUGAAAUCUGUACAGGCUUUCCUGAAGGGCCGUCAGGAGUCUCCUCAGUUGCUGAUGGAUAGUAAGACCGUCUUCCCCAUCUUCCUUCCCUUCAGCCCAUCUGCUGUGGCCCUAGAGAACCUCCAGAUCCCCUCUAGCCUCAACCUCAGUUUCCUCACAUGCUUCUGA